AUGUCGUCACGCCAGUUCAUUUUACCACCCCCUCCUCCCUUACCACUGUCCACAGACCGGAGCUCCACAAAACGCCGCUCACAAAGUGCACACUUAGAAAUCCUAGACAAAAAAGACUCUGUAGACAAAUCCGUGGGACCAACCUAUUCGGACUACAACAUAUGCUAUGCACCACUUCGAACGGUACGCAACUGGGAGUACAAGUAUCGGAAUAUUCUAGUCUCACACUGGUUACCAAUGGCCGAAAAGAUGCCCACAAGUGUCUCGUGUGAGCCAAAUACAACUUCAGUCACAUCUGUCGCGAGUGACGAUGUGUUGGACACGUGGAUGACAACACGAGGAGCCUCAAGGAAGAAUCGUAAAUCUAACGGACGAAAUGAUCGUCUCAAGCGACCAGCCAAUUUGGUCACUAGAACCAGUUUGCGUGUACGACAAUACUGA